CAAACGGUGGAGAUAAAGAUAAAGAUGGACUGUGAAGGAUGUGAGAGGAAAGUGGAGAAGGCAGUGAGAGGGAUGAGUGGAGUGACACAGGUGGAUAUAGAUCCGAAGCACCACAAGCUGACGGUGGUUGGGUACGUGAAUCCAAAGAAGGUUUUGAGACAUGUACAAAACAGGACUGGGAAGAAGGCCGAGUUCUGGCCUUACAUCCCUUACGAAGAAGUGGCUCACCCUUACGCUCCAGUUACUUAUGAUAAAAGGGCACCAUCUGGGUAUGUGAGGAACACCAUGGACGACCCCAGGAGCUCCAAGCUAGCUCGGGCUAGUACCAUGGAGGAGAAGUACUCCAACACCUUCAGCGAUGAGAACCCUAACGCCUGUUCCGUCAUGUAACGGUAGGGAGAGAUCUGUUCAGUUCAGUUCUGUUUCGUUUCAGCAAGUCUGACUUGCGGCC